UUAAAGCAAACGUGUACGUCCAUGCAUAUCGGUAUAUGGCACCUGUCCGCUCCCGCAGUGUAUUGAACGUCGCUCUCUAUUUUUUAGGACAUUCUUCUGUCAAAAUGUCUUCUUUCUCGCGACCAGCUAAAUUGUCAUUCAAUGAUUUUGAUGCAGUCGGUGUAGAUUUAGAUCAUACUCUGUGUAAAUACAAGUUGGAUAACACGUUUCCGUUGAUUUAUAAGAGUCUAGCUGAGGCAGUUGUUAGCAGGAAAGGGUACAGUGCAGAGCUUCUUGAGCCUUUUGAUAAAGACAAAGACUUUUGCACAAAGGGUCUGGUCUUUGAUGCCAAGAAGGGGAAUUUCCUGAAGCUGUCUAGAGAAGGCGACAUACUGAGGGCAAGCCAUGGGACCACACCUCUGAGCCAGGCGGAAGUGUGCGAGAUCUACGGUAGUCAAGCAAGAUGGGAACACUUUGACUUCUUGAAAGAUACCCUCAAACAAACAGAUCAGGACGAAAUAUCCUGAUCAGAGAAUAUAUCUUGUAUCACUGAAGUUCGAGGCAGCCUCAACGCACCUUUUCUGCACUGGCCCAUCAGAACAUGUGACAAUAGUGUAGGUUUUACAGUACACAUCUUUCUUUGGCAAAUGUUGGUCCUGAAGAGGACUGUCACCAAAACUCAACAUGUGAUAGACCAGUCAGAUCAAAUUUGAUACCUGUGGCUGGAAACGAAGAGCAGACUGUACAUCUCUUUUAAUAAAUUAAGAGGCAUUAUUUACCGUGAAUUUCAUUGAGAUACCUAGUGCAUUUAUUAAUAGAUUACAGCAUACUUUAUUGUCCUGUGCAAAAUAUUGUGCAAAAAUAAAAGGCAUCAUAAUUGUUUUUGUAAACAAGGUGGUAAUAGAUUUUAUGUGCAAUGUGGAAGGAAUUAUAAUUUACAAACACCAUAAACAGUCACCAAAUGCAAACAAAAAUUUACAAUUCUUACGGUACGCCAAAUUGUGUGCUGGAACAAGAAUAACGAUUGUUAUGGUUUAGUAAGUGGCUGUCAUGCGCCAGUUUUCUUCAUUUUAUGAUGGCAACAUCAGUCCCAAAGAAAAA